AUGCAUUCGAAUAAAAGUUUUGUGAAUGUAACGAAAAAUGGUAAUACGAAUGUUUCGAUUAGUAGUGCUCGGCCAUCAUCGCCUCGUCAAUUUUUCGAACGACUUUAUGGGCAUUUAGAAAGUAGCGAUACAAAUUCGAAAGCAGUUUGCUCACCAGCUCAAAGUGAACUCAGCUCAUCACCAGAUAUUUUAGAUGAUCGAAAAAGUGCAUACAAUCUAACCGCUGAUCAUGUGAUGGGCUAUCAAUCGUCCUAUCAAAAUAUAUCGUGCUUACCAUCGGGAUUUAGCGGAUUUAGAUUACCACAAGAGUCACCAUUAUCCGCUGGACUUACCGCAUUUUUAGCUCGACGAAGGCGAAAAGAAGGACGACCGAGACGGCAACGAACGACAUUCAGCAGUGAACAAACGAUUCGCUUAGAAGUUGAAUUUCAUCGCAAUGAGUAUAUAUCACGUGGACGUCGUUUUGAAUUAGCCGAACGUUUACAAUUGACUGAAACGCAAAUUAAAAUUUGGUUUCAAAAUCGUCGUGCCAAAGAUAAACGGAUUGAAAAGGCUCAUAUCGAUCAACAAUACAGGCAUUUUGCGGUUGCAAAUGGUUUUAUGACAUCGAUAUCUUAUCCACAAAUGGUGCAAGGAUUACAACUACAAUCGAAUGAAGUCGCGUCAUUACACGAUCAAACACAUAUGAGCCCAUUGAGAAGCACAUCGAAUCGCUCGACUGCAUCAUCACUUUCGCAAUUCUAUCAUGAAAUCAAUAAACAAACCAUUACAACAACGGACACAAAUCCCGCCCAUAAUCAAUUCAAUCAAAACGUUGACAACCUAUCCAUUCGAUCACUAUCGAAUCCAAUUGAAAUUAUUUAAUUUAGACGCUCCAAAAAUAUGUUAUAAAUUAUAUCCAAUUAAAAUGAUUAUACGAAUUUCUUUUGAUGAACAUUUCAACAAAAUUUUAAAUACUCAUUAUUGCUGAUUUUAUUGUGCAUUUAUUUAGGAAACCAGAAAUAAUCAAAGACAUGCAGAUAUCUACACUAGUACAAGUCAAAAAGAACACUUUUUUUACAAAUAGGGCAUAAAGUAAGGAGAAGUUGAUCAAAAUACUUCGAAUACAUCAAAUUAUCAGGGCGGCUCCAAAAUAUUUUUGUAAAAAAAACCUA